GGCCUUUUAAAAUUCGUUGUAUAAAUGAUUUCAAAUUUAUUUAAAAUGUUUUAAUUACAUUAUACUAAUUGUUAAUUGUAAAUGAAUUGGUUUACAAAGAAUGUGUAUGAAAUCUUCUCUUGAUUGUGUAACAGAUUCUUUUAAAGAUCGCUAUGGACUUAUCUGGAGACUACUCGGACCUGUUUAAUGAUGAAUCUUUGUUUAAAGUAAUAGAUGAGCUUGAUAAUUUGUACCCCAAUGAAGGAAAAAAGUCUAAAUCUUCGGAUUCCGUCCUUCCACCGAAGGAAUAUACCCUUAAAAAUCAAAGCUAUAGCAUAAAUUCCACUAGAUAUGACACUGAAACAUCCUCAGUAUCUUUUAGUGAUGAACAGUUCAGCAAGGAUUCAAACCUUUGGAGAUCACACCAAUCCAAACUUGAUUUACACAUUUCUACAGUUUUGGAUCCAUUUGUCAAAUAUAUCCUUGAAACAUCUAUAAAAGAAGGAGAGAAGGAUGUGUAUUUUACCAAAAAGAAAGACUAUCUUACAUUUUUAAUAAAUCAACUUGUGGUAAUAUACAAAUAUGAAUGGAAACAAAUACUAACUGGGGAAAGGAGAGGUGGAAGUGAAAGAAACACUACCGAGGUUGAUCAUGAUAAAGAAGACUUAUACCAACAGAUUUCAAAUGAAUAUGAUAACCUUUCAAGGGGAAUUACAAGCUCCAGCUCAAUAGAGACUGUAGUGGAUAAUAAUAUAGGGAAUAAUGAGGAUGUAAUAGGUGAAGUAUAUAUAGAGCUUGGGUAUAGACCUGAAUUUAUAGAAAUGUUGUACAAUAAAGGAAUAGAUUACUUUUACCAUCUUCUGGACUUUCUUCUAAUGUUAAUUGAGAAAACUAAUUAUAAAUAUAAAAUUGUUCAAGCACUUGAUUUGUUAACAAAUGUUAUUAAAGUUAUGCCAGAACUAUCUAUCUUACUAGUUGUUCCAAGGAACAGAGACUCAAAGAUAUUGAAUGAAAAGAAAUGUUAUUUUAAGUUAUUGGUGAAGGGAAUAUUGAUAAAAUUAGGGUUUAAAGAAACCGUUUUGGACACAUACAAGCAGUGCUUAGAAGGAACUUUUGUACCAUUUUACAUGAUGAGGAUUAAUAAAGAUGAAGAUUUAAUGGAACAAUUGUUGAUUGUAUAUGUUUUGGACCGUUUUUUAAGUUUAUUCCAGUUGUUGAUCGAGAAUAUGUUUGAGUUUGUUCAGUUGAAGCUGGAUAAGGAUAUAAGGACAUCAAUAAUAAAGAAAAUGAAAAAAUAUUUAUUUAUACCAUUUUUAGGAAUUAAAACGUUACACGAGUUAUUUCUACCCUUUUCAGGCAAUUUUGAGUAUAAAAAUUUGGUGAAAAUCGAUUACGCAAGUUUGUUUAAAAGGUUUAUGUACCCUCCUCCUCCACUAUAUAUGCUGAGAUUGAAGUUAUUGAAUAUACUAAAGUCGCUGGUUUCCGCAGGAUUUUUCAAGUAUAAAGGCAAUUUUCUUACUGCUAACAGAAGAAUAAUACAAUCUGAACCUAUAACAGGAAUGAACCAGAAAGUUGAUAAAGUGUUGGCGAGUUACUUCCACAUGCUAGCUUUUGGCACAAGUUUCCUGUUAAUGGUGGAGUUUUUUAAAAGAAGUACUGAGAGUAUCGGGAUAUUUUUCGGAAACUAUCUGUUAUUGAUCCCUCAUUUUAGAUUUAACUACGCAUAUUUUAAUGAAAAUAUGGUGAUUGAAAAUAAUGUGUACUCGAUACAGAGAGGAAUUAUUGAUUUUCUAUUGUCAUUAAAUGAGUCUAGAGUCUUUUUGGAUGAGAAUAUAAUGAACGUAAAAUCGCUAAAUUUAACACAAAAUAGUGUUAUUAAAAGGUUAGUAUCGCUUUUAAUACAAUAUGUAAGUGGGACAACAGAGUCUGAAAUACAAGACGCUGAAAAUGAUUUUAACAUUGAUAACGAGUUUAAUAUAAGAAAUCGUCCAGUUAUUAACUGUAAUCAUGAUUGUAAGAUGAUUGAACCAUAUAAUACUAGUACCAUAAGCAAAUUCCUUCUUGAUAUUGGCCCUGAUUUAGCUGAAACCCCAGGAGAUGAUGGGGAAGAAUUUGUAGAGGUGGAAAUGGCCGAAGAAGUAGUUGAUAUAUGUAAUUAUGAAGUAUAUGACAAGGCUUUAAAAUUGGGAUUAGAUUUGUCAAAGCUUUAUAUACCAAUUGAAAAUCGCAAGGUAGUAAAAUAUGCAAUAAAUAAUACACCACGAAUUAAAUUCAUGAAGAAGUUUACAAAUCCUAACGUUUUAUCCGAUUAUGAAAUGGAGUUAUUAAACCAACAAACAAAUGAAAGUCUAUUUAGUUCAAUGGAUAAGAGGGAGAAAUUGAUGAGAUCAGAUACUGUGUAUAGUACUACCAGAAGAUUAUCACACGAUUCAACUAUUACACUCGAUGAUGGUGCAACUAACGUUUUCAAUGAUAAUGUUCAUUGUGGAAUAGAAUGUAUAAUAGAAAAGCAUAUGAUAGAAGAACCACGGUUUAAAACUGUGUUCAGUUUGCGUAACGAGUUGGUAAUGAAGCUGUUUGAGACAAUAUCUUCAUUUCCAAGUAAACACUUGGGAGAUUUCGAACCUAUUUACAAAUCAUUUUUAAAACGAAUGUUAUUUUAACCCUU